GUGUCCUUGUCAAUCGGCAACCCUUUUCCCUAGCUACUUAAAACCACGCAGUCAGAGAGAAAAGAUGCAAACCCCUCUGUUCCUCGAGCUGAUCUCCUCCUGGCCUCAAUGUCCAACUCAGAAGCGAUCGGCUUGCAGUCCGUCGACGGACGCUCGCCUGUCACCAAAGUUCAGCUCGUGUCGAGAAGCGUCUCCGAGGGCCUCUUGAUCAAGUUCCCGGACGCAUCGGAGUUCAAUUUUGACUACGAAACGAGCAGUCUGUGGUCGCCCCCGGUGCUGCGAUUCGUCAGCUCCUCCAAAGAGGAAAUGCUCCAAGAAAACAAGGCCCCUGCCGACGGCGGACAACGCCGAAAUGGAUUUCACAAGGUGCUCUGUUGCUUUCGAAGGAAAGAAAGCUGGCGGCAGCAUGAAGAGGGCCGCUGAGCUUGAGUACAUUGAUGUAUAGGUUUCCAAGAUUUGAUCAAUCGAGAGAGCUUAUAUUUUUCUCGAUCUUCUUUCUUGAGGUUUACACUUGGUACGUGAUUGUCGGUAUCACUAGACCAACAAGGAAAGAGCUCGAUUGAUUGAUUGGUUGAUCUCCAUCAUCUGCAUAUGCAUCUGCAUCUGUACCUGUCAGUCAGUGAUGAAUGAAGACAAAAGCAUGCAUACAAAACUUGGACGUUUUCAUUUAAGGAAAUAGAUAAACAUUCUGGUGGGGCUGAAGAACCUUGAUAGGCUUCUUCAUGCUUGGCACCGCAUUCAUUAGU